AUGAGAGUGAAGGACAAUAGAUUAAGACUUAGUUACUUAGUGCAAUUUUGUAAUGGUGAUGCUCGUCGUAGCAUCGAAGAUUGUGUUGUUUUGCCAUCAGAUGAGGGGUAUGUAAGAGCGAAACAAAUCCUCCAAGGCAGGUAUGGUAAGCCUCACUUAGUUGCUAGGUCCCAUGUUGAACGACUGAUUGAUGGUAGCCCAUUUAAACCUAAUGACGUACAAGGCCUCAUGAAUUUGUCGCUCGACAUGGAAAAAUGUCAAAUAACACUUUCGCAAAUAGGGUUUGUUUCUGAUAUCAAUAAUACUGAAAAUCUCAAGAAAAUAGUUAGGCGACUACCCAUGCAUAUUCGGUCAAAAUGGGCCGAACGCGCUAGUAAGCUGAUCGAGCAGGGUACCGAACCGAACUUCAAUGACCUGCUCACCUUUGUUCACGAGCGAGCUAUAGUAGCAAACACAAUGUAUGGUCAAGACUUAGCCAGUGCGUCAAAAGGCAUGUAUACGGCAAAGGUUAAAUCUGCACCCAAAGGCACUUCUCCUCGAGAUAAAUAUGUCACGCUAUCUACUUCUACUUCUGGUAAUUAUUCGGGCAAUGAGACACCUCUGUAUCGCCAGAGAAGUUUAUCUUGCGUUUACUGUAAAGAGGCUCAUAAACUGAUGCACUGCGAAAAAUUUAGAUUAAUUGAAUUAGGAGAAAAAAUAAAGGUUAUCAGGAAGCACAAGAUGUGCGAAAAUUGUCUGAAUUUUAAACACCUGGCUAAAUUUUGUCGCAAAGGUAGUUGUUGCGAGAUUAAAGGGUGUAAUGAAAAGCAUCAUACGAUGCUUCAUAGUACUUUGAAUCAAGACGAAAGUCAGAAAUCAGGGAACAGUAACUGUUGUGCUACGAAUGAUCCACGGAAGAAUAAGGUAAGUUUGCGUAUUGUGCCAGUUAUUAUCGAAAAUGGGCCUGUGCAUGUAAAAACAUACGCCUUAUUGGAUGAGGGUAGCGAUGUUACAUUGUGUACGGAAGGGUUAAUUAAGAAAUUGGGAGCUACAGGUACACCCCGAGAGUUUAGCAUCACAACCGUUAAUAAGUCUUCCGAACGUAGGAAUGGGGUUGAACUGAGUUUUAAGGUAAGUUCUAUUGAUAGAAGCGAGACGGUGACUUUGAAUAAGGUAUGGUCAGUUGAUCGCCUACCUAUUUCACUUAGAUCACUCCCUGAUUGUUCGCAGGUUGGAAAAUGGAAGCAUUUGGCAGAUAUAAGCUUGCCACGGAUUAAACAAGGUCAGGUAGAGUUAUUGAUUGGCAGCGACACCCCAGAGGCGUUCUGGGUAGAGGAAGAAAGGAGAGGAAAUAGAGGUGAGCCGUACGCUAUACGGUCGAUUCUAGGUUGGAGUAUACUUGGGCCGACAGGUAAGACUGUUUUGUCUACAGAUAUGAAUGUAAACUUCCAACAGACUUCCAGUGUGCAAGAGGAGAUUGAUAGGUUAUGGAAAACCGACUUUCCGGAAUGCAGAUUAGACAACAGCACAGGUAUGUUGUCUGAAGAUCGCCGUGCACUAUCAAUCAUGGAAAGAACAAUAGAGAAAGAUGGCGGACAUUACAAGAUCGGACUACCAUGGCGCGAUGAAAACGUGAAUUUACCAAAUAACAGAGUGUUGGCAACUACCAGACUUGCGUAUUUGAAACGCAAACUUCAAGGUAAUGAGGAUUUAUAUACAAUGUACCGAAGCACGAUGAAUGAUUAUAUUACAAAUGGGUAUGCUAAUCCUGUUACAGAUGCAGACGUAAUGGAAACUGGUAAGGUUUGGUAUCUUCCGCACCAUCCAGUUAUCAACCCAAAGAAGCCAGGAAAGGUAAGAAUAGUAUUUGACUGUGCAGCUAAGUAUAGAGGUACGUCGUUGAAUGAUAACAUUUUGCAGGGUCCAGAUUUUAUGAAUAGCAUUGUAGGAGUGCUGAUACGAUUCCGAGAGGAACCUGUCGCUCUUGUAGCGGAUAUUGAGGCAAUGUUUCACCAGGUAAAGGUACAAGACAGUGACAGGAACUCACUUCGAUUUCUGUGGUGGCCUGAUGGUGAUCUAGAAAAAGAGCCGUGUGAAUACUGUAUGACUGUCCAUUUAUUUGGAGCAACGUCGUCGCCUAGUUGUGCAGCAUACAGUCUUAGACGUACAGCAAGUGAUAGCACUAAGGAGUUUAGUGACGAUACAGUGAAAACGAUAGAACGCAACUUUUACGUCGAUGACCUCUUGAAGUCAGUGACAGAUGCAAAGGUAGGUAUAAAACCUUCUUCUGAACUCCGAGAUAUCUUAUCUAGAGGAGGGUUAAGGUUAACAAAGUGGUUAUCUAAUAAUAAAGAAAUCAUGGAUUCGAUUCCAGACAUGGAGAGGGCAGGCUCGACAACGAAGAUCGACCUUGAAACUACCCCACGAGUUGAACGUGCUCUUGGACUGCAGUGGCGCAUAGAUAAAGAUGAGUUUGCAUUUGAUGUAAGUCUUCAACAAAAGAGUCAUACGAGACGUGGUAUAUUAUCUGUUGCAAGUUCGUUGUAUGACCCCCUCGGUUUUGUUGCACCGGUGACUCUUAUUCCAAAGUUGGUCUUACAGAAUGCUUGCAGACAACAAUUACAGUGGGAUGAAAGGGUAUCUGAAGUCGACGCCGAAAAGUGGUCUCAGUAG